UAAACGCUUAUCCUAAUCGAUCAAUCACAUCGACUCGUUGCCGACGCAAACAUUCUUCAAUUCCGAGUCACUUUUUAAAAUCUCUCGCUCUCUCCCAGAUCGGAUCUCUCCUCCUUCUCGCUCACUCCAUCUCUCCCACACUCUCUCUUCCUCCACUUCCUCCGCUCCGCCUCUGCCAGGAACAACCCAUUCAGCUGGGCUCCGUCGAGAUCUCGCUUAGGGUUUCGCAGGAAUCGCCGCCAUCAGUUAUUCCCUUUUUUUGACUCUGGGUUACCGUAUGUUUGACUACGUGGAUUAGGAAGUGGUAUUAGAUGAUAUAUUGAGUUCCCUGAAACCCGGCUCUCCACUAGAGCUCUAUUUUCAAAAUGAUAAGGGGGAGAGAUGGCAGCCAAAAGAAACACUUGAUCCCAUCAUUGUGUGUUGGGUUCCUUUUUCUAGUCUUUUUGGUUCUAUACUAUGGCUCCUUCUUUGGUACUCAAGGGAACUAUGCUAACUCUGCAAUAGAGCAUGGUACUAAAUUUUCGAGAACGAUUGGUUGGUCUAAUGUGGAUAAUUCAGAGUUAGGCAAAUCAGACGAGUCUAUUUUUAGUCAGGAGGGAGAUGAUGGUCCUGUACCAAAAAGCUUUCCUGUCUGUGAUGAUCGACAUUCAGAGCUCAUUCCUUGCCUGGACAGAAAUCUUAUAUACCAGACAAGACUUAAGCUGGAUUUGUCUGUGAUGGAACAUUAUGAAAGACAUUGCCCACAGCCUGAAAGGCACUAUAACUGUUUGAUUCCCCCACCAGCUGGGUACAAGGUACCAAUAAAGUGGCCAAAAAGCCGAGAUGAAGUUUGGCAAGUGAACAUUCCUCACACACAUCUAGCACAUGAGAAAUCUGAUCAGAACUGGAUGGUUGUAAAGGGAGAUAAGAUUGUUUUUCCAGGAGGUGGCACUCAUUUUCACUAUGGAGCUGGUAAAUAUAUUUCACACCUUGCAAAUAUGCUUAACUUCUCAAACAAUAUCCUAAAUAAUGAAGGAAGGGUCCGAUCAGUUCUUGAUGUUGGUUGUGGAGUUGCUAGCUUUGGAGGAUAUCUCUUGUCAUCCGAUAUUAUAGCUAUGUCUUUGGCACCGAAUGAUGUUCAUCAAAAUCAGAUUCAAUUUGCUCUUGAGAGGGGAAUUCCUGCCUACCUUGGUGUACUGGGGACAAAGAGGCUUCCUUAUCCAAGCAGAUCUUUUGAAUUUGCACAUUGUUCUCGAUGUCGAAUUGAUUGGCUGCAAAGAGAUGGAAUCCUUCUGCUUGAAUUAGAUAGGCUGCUUAGGCCUGGAGGCUAUUUCGCUUACUCAUCUCCUGAAGCAUAUGCACAAGAUGAAGAAGACCUGAGGAUUUGGAAACAGAUGAGUGCACUGGUUGAACGAAUGUGUUGGAAGAUUGCUGCCAAAAAGAACCAAACUGUAAUAUGGGUAAAACCAUUGACAAAUGAUUGUUACAUGAAGAGAGAACCAGGAACUCAGCCGCCUCUGUGUAAACCUAAUAAUGAUCCAGAUGCAGUUUGGGGUGUCCCAAUGGAGGCUUGCAUUACUCCUUACUCUGAACAGAUUCAAAGAGACAGCGGAAGUGGAUUGGCUCCUUGGCCAGCUCGAUUGACUACCCCUCCUCCACGCCUCGCUGAUUUUGGUAUUUCAACAGACAUGUUUGAAAAGGACAUGGAACUCUGGCAACAGAGGGUUGAUAGUUACUGGAGUCUAUUGGGUUCAAAGAUCAGACCAAAUACACUGAGAAAUGUGAUGGAUAUGAAGGCAAACUUGGGUUCAUUUGCUGCUUCUCUAAAAGAUGUGCCUGUUUGGGUUAUGAAUGUGGUCCCAGAAGAUGGACCUAACACUCUCAAGAUAGUUUAUGACAGAGGCCUUAUCGGCACUACACACGACUGGUGCGAGGCCUUCUCAACGUACCCUCGUACUUAUGACCUCCUUCAUGCUUGGACCGUCUUCUCUGACAUUGAAAAGAAAGGGUGCAGCGUCGAGGACCUGCUUCUCGAGAUGGACCGCAUUCUCAGACCAACUGGUUUCGUGAUCGUCCGUGACAAGAAGCCGGUCAUAGAUUUUGUUAAGAAGUACCUGACAGCCCUGCUCUGGGAAUCAGUAGCUACCACAGAUGCCCAAGCCAAUUCCGAAGACGAGGAAGUGGUGUUAGUGAUACAGAAAAAACUGUGGCUGGUAGAUGAAGGCACCAAGGAUUCAGCAUAAUGCCCUUGGAUUCUGGUGUCCAUGAAGCUAACUAAGUGAAAAAUAAGUAUUCAGCAUAAGUCCUUUUUUCUCUUCUUCUUCUGAGAUUCGAGUCUCUUAAUGGCUUGUUUCUGUUGGUAUUGUGUUUGUAGACUAAAGCAGUUAAAUUCAUAUUCCUCUUUUGUA